AUGCGUGAAAAGUCAAAAUGGCCGCACAGCCCUUUACUUGAGAGCGCUGGUGCCAUCGUGCUUGGCUAUAAUAAAGAUGCGGGAUGGAUAUGGGAUGAUUUUGGGGAACCAGAAAAGGGGGAUUUACCAGUCUCGGACGAUGACUCGGAUAAAGAGGCUAUAUUAGAUAGCGGAAUUGGCUCUAGCAUCACCAUUGUCUCCUCUUUGCCAGCGUCGGCGAGUGAGGCUCUCCCUCUGCUCACCCACGCGGACCAUAAAACUGCCAUCAUCUGGGCACUACCAAAGGAGCUUCUGGCCAUUCGCGUAUUGCUGGAUAUAGAGCAAGCAGGGCUUGGAAGGCACGAAGAUGACCACAAUACCUAUGCCCUUGGACGGAUGGGAGGCCAUAAUGUGGUCACUGCUUGUUUGCCAUGCGACGGAUAUGGGAUGAAUGCUGCUCUCAAGGUUGCCUUGGACAUGGAGAAGUCAUUUCCAGCCGUUAAACGACAUCUUGCGCUACGAACAGCCCUGAGUCUCAUUCAAUCUGAUCCUCAUUUACCUGAAGAACUACUCAAGAAAUAUGUCCAGGGCAUCGUGGACCUGCGGCCCGAAUAUGGGGCCCCUGACAAAGAUCAAGGCCAGCUUUUCGGACCAAGUGCGCAGCACGUCCAUGGCAAUCAGGUCAUCAAGGAUGUCACGGUGCGCGAUCAAAUCGGUGACCAACUAAACCCUCUUUGCUGUGAGAUGGAGGGUGCAGGAGUCAUGGUUACCCAACAGUGCUUGAUUAUUCGCGGAAUAUGCGACUAUGCAGACUCGCAAAAGAACGAUCAGUGGCAUAACUAUGCGGCUGCCACUGCAGCGGCGUACGCGAAGCUCUUCCUCUCCUAUAUCCCGGAUUUGCCUGUCGUUGUGGGGGUUCAGGAGGUAGUCGGCCCGCUGCAGAAUGUAUGA